GUUCAGGUUGUAACAACAGAUUUGCAUCACUCAUGCACUGUGGGACACACUGGCACGUCUGCGUCUGCGCCGCUUGCUGCUGGCAUCUGCGCGUUAGCGUUGCAAGCCAAUAGAGACUUGACGUGGAGAGAUAUGCAGCAUAUUGUUGUACGCACAGCUCGCCCUGAACGCUUAAGCAUCGGCGGUGAAUGGAAAGUCAACGGCGUCGGUCGCAAUGUGUCCCAUUCCUUUGGCUACGGGCUGCUCGACGCGGCCGGCAUGGUGCGACUCGCCAAAACUUGGCGCUCAGUACCGCCGCAACGGAGGUGCGAACUUGCCGCGCAGGUUUCGCAAAAACAGAUACCGCCGAGAUCGUCUCUUUCGUUGGAUCUGGUAGUGGUCGCUUGUCCCGGAGUGAACUACUUGGAGCAUGUGCAAGCGCGCGUCUCUCUCUCAGCAGCUCGACGUGGUGAUCUCCGCAUCUCACUCACCUCGCCAGCCGGGACUAAAGUUACUCUUCUAGCACCCAGGCCGCACGACUCGUCGCGAACCGGCUUCUCAUCGUGGCCUUUCAUGUCCGUGCACAUGUGGGGCGAAUCACCACUGGGCCGCUGGGAGCUCGAAGUCACCAACGAAGGACGAUACAUGGGCCGAGCAACAUUGCAAGAUUGGUCUUUAACUUUAUACGGAACUAGCACGCCAGCGGCUAAAAACGAUCCGAUACCGUUCCGGAAUCCAAUUAUACGCAACAAAGGCAACGCAACGCGACCUGUUGUGGUGCAGGCGGGCCGUAAAAACAAUAGAGGUAAACCUGUGCCCAUCGUGCCGACGUACACGGUGGGUUUGGUGAAGAGGAAAAAGAACAAAAAUUCAAAGAAUCCGAAUAGGAAUUCGCAAAAGUCGAAGCAGAGUCGUCCGGCGACGCGGUCUCCUAUCGAGAGCACGACGGCUGGAGCGCGCACGUCGGCGGCGCCGGCGGCCGACCUGAGCCUGAACCUGCGCGGCGACCUCGCCGACCCGCUGGCCGAGGCGCGCGGCCGCAAGAUGUCCAGCCUGUUCGAGCAGUACCCCAAGAUCCAGCGCAUAUACCCCGCGCCGCUGCAAGCACACGCGGGACCUUUAAGUCAAUGGGAAUUGAUAUUCUACGGUACGGAGACUCCUCCUCAAGAAGAUGACGCGUCACCUGAGACGAACUCCUUGGCGGCUGGCCCGGGAGCCAGCAGUUCUGUGAACGUGGGCUCCAACUCCGGCCAGAGCGCGCCAUCCUGGAGUGGUGCGAAUGAACCGGACUCGGUAGAAGAAGUGCGACAGAAUGCACUCGAUGAUGACCUCUCUCUUGUCUGGCAUUCGCACACGAUAAGCGAAGACAGUCCCCCGGAGACAGGCGACCCGGGCAGCGCGGGCCAGUACACCGGCAGCGCGUCGGGGUGCGCCACGCACGCGCCGCAGACGCCACACGCCUGCCUAGAAUGCGCGAAGGGCUUGCAUUUGUACAUCGGACGAUGCUUCGAACGUUGUCCGGACAGUACAUACGCCAGUGAGAUUACAAUGGAGCGGAGCUCAAGAAGACGUAACCUAACUUAUUAUUUCGAGGGUAACAUUAUGAAACGACAGUACGAUGACGCCCCCGAGCGGACCGCGUCAGAAGCUUUAGAUAUGGAGCCUGCAGCUAACGAGACCGCUAAGCCCCCCCUCACGUGCCUUCCGUGUCAUUACACAUGCGCCACAUGCGUGGGCCCUCACAACAAUCAAUGUUUGUCGUGCUUAGAGGACGCACAACUCUUCAAUUCGACAGACACCGAGCCUAAAUUCUAUUGUUACCCAAACACGGUAUUGUCACAAAUUAGCAACGUUAAUUGGCAUUAUAGACUGAACGUUGCUCUUGUUGCUUUCUCGUUUGUAGUUAGUUCUGUUUGUUUGUACAUCACGCUAUCGUGUGCCGUUAGGAAGUACUGCUGUGGCGGCCACUACAAGGCGAAUGUUGUUUAUAACAAGUUGGCUGUUGAUGACAAAAUGCAGAGCGCGUUGGAGGUCGAAGAAGAAAUUCAUAAAGCUCUAAAGGACUUUAGCGAAAGCGAUUCGGAGGACGAAAUGAAUUUAUAGCAACUGUUAACAUUCCAACCCAAGUAUUAUGAACUAAUCGAACAAGUGAAUGUUAGUGAUUAGGACUCCAAACGGAUGCAGGGCUCGUGUUGUGAUAUUUAAAUAAACAAUUGUCACAAUACUUUAAUGAAUAAGUCGUAGGUUGUAUUUAGUAUUCGAUCAAUGAGAUUUUUAAUUCGUACAAAAUUUUUAAUAAUUUCGAAAUUAUUCCAAAGAGCUGAAACAAACUCUUGAACUUUUAUUUCUUGACAAAUACAAUUUUUACUAAUUAAUUUCUAUCGACGUGAUAACAUUGAACUAAUUAGGCUCUUACUUUACUUUUAGCGUAAGUUUUACUUUUAAGUUAAGAUAGAUUGCUUAGUAGUAACAUUCCAUUUUUAUAUCUUGGUAACUUGGAUCCAAAGAAAUAUUUUCGGUCCCCACAACACUUAUUUGUAAGGGGUGCUCUCGUGUUUAGAAAGGGGCUGCAACCCACGCAUUGCAAAGACGACUACGGAUAUUAUUUUUCUAAAUUGAAGUAAUUUGAUCACAAACCUCCUUCUCUUUAAUCUCUAUUCUUUCUUUCCUUUCAACUUAGUUUUAAUACUCGAGAUUCGCUCAAAGAGAUUCAUCAUAAUUUUCUAUUUUUUUUUAGUUUUAUUUUACUUUAAGCUUACGUCAUGAUAAUCGCAUAAUAUUAGUUUAGGUGUAUUUGCUCAAGAUGCCAUUCUAUUUGUUUGUACCGAGCCCGUUGGUAGGAUGUAAAUAUUUUGUAUGUAAAUAAACGAGUUCCUAUUUUCA